GUUUGACAAACACAUUAAGCAUCAUAUUAAGUCCACUUACAUCAACUAAACUAAAGAUGGCAAUCAAGCUGACAACUAGCGAACCAGCAAACCAAGACUCGGUUGAACUCGGUACCAAGUCGGUAUAAGUUGAAUCAAAUCUGUCGCUUUCUUUUCUCUUCUCCUGUCUUGAAGAUUCAUCCACUCUUUAUUGUCAAUGUGAUCCUUAUUACCAUCUUUCCUUUACAAUGAAGAGCAAUAUCUUUAUUAUAGCUCCUCUUCUGAACCUAAUCUGCUCCGCAGAUUCCUCUACAGACUCCUUUGGUACUAAGGCUGAAGAUAUUUCUAGUGGCGACUGGGAUUCUGCAAUGCGUAGCGCAAAUGCAACUGGGACGGUUAGUAUCCCCGGAUAUAACAUCAGAGAGAAGUAUUUAGGAAAGAAAAGAGAUAACUGGACGUUGUCGAUUUCAGUUGCCAGUGACAUAUCGGCCGGAAAUACUGCCGAUAGUAAAUUCGUUACUAGCACUCAGGUCGAGUGGAAAAGCCCUCAAGGCGUAAUCUCUGGAGCAGAUUCAGCGUGGUUCCUGUGCCGUAAUGUUUACAGCAGCUUAAAGCUGAAACAAUCUGGCGCUGGAUCAACCAACAGAAGUUGUACGGGACUGCUCUCUGAUGGAUGUUUAAGUGCUCUUCAAAAGGCACUUGAGGCAGGCACGCAGUGCCAAAACAAUACUCCGCCCUCUAUUUUCGCAGAUGAGCUCGAGCUAGGUGAUGGAAAAGGAUUUGGCUUGACAUCUGGGUCCGACCGCGGAAACUUUACAGCUUACGAUAACGCUAUUCGACAAGUCUGGCUCGUGAUGACUGGAUUCGCCCAAGCGGGGAGUGAUAAUGCGCACCCACGAGGUUCUCCUGGUCAACCAGGAAGCGUCGCAUGCAUACAGGCAGAGGAAAUCCAAUCUAAUAGCAGAAAUUCCAAAAAUACAGCCAAUAUUGCAAUCUCAUCACUGGUACAGGUUUUGAUGGGUCUCAGUGUGGCAGUGAGCUUGUACUUGUAG